AUGCUGAUUCAAGGGGUCACGGCACAUUCGAUUCGAUGUACAAAUGUGAAUAAUUUGGAAUUCAAGAAAGAUAUUGUGCAUGUUGGAAAUGUUACAUAUCAUCAUUACUUUCUAACUGAACAAGGAAUUUAUCGAGAACCAGAAGAAGGAGAAACUAAGAAACCGAGAAUAUCAGAUGACACCGCAGUGAGAGUGAGAAAUCUUCUGAAAAACGGAACAGCUCAAGAUGUUUAUGAAAUAGCACAGAGCGAAGGUUUACAAGUUUCAAAAAGACAGUGUCACAAUCAACUUAGACAUCUUCGAGAACCAUCUGGAUCCGAGUCAGUGGGACGAGUUGUUAAAAAGAAAAAGAAGGAAAUAACGAUGGAACAGUUGGAUUUAUUGAAGACACUAUUUCCAGAUGAAGUCACAUUGUAUAGAGAUGACAACAAUGCACUAAAUUAUGAAAUUAGAAUAUGCGCAUCUGGAAAAAUAGAUCAAACAUUUCAAGUCGAACAAACUGAUUAUCAAUAUGACGGAGUAGAGGAAUUCAGUUAUGAGGAUCAAAUGCAAGAUCAGAUCAAAGAGGAGCCAAAUGAGUUCAUUGAUGGAGUUCCCGAUAUCUCGGAUAGCUUGAUGCACUACCCAAAAUUUGAUUUAGAUCGUCUCUGA